GCGCCGACUCGCGCGGCACUCGCUGAGAGACCGCCAAGUGGCUGCGAGCAAACUACGGCGUUCGUUUCUGCGCAGCCUUAGAACCACGAUGGCGACGGCAUCGAUCACAGCCGACGACGGCGCGCCGUUCUUUCUCCGCAGGGACCCACGCACCGCUGAGUGGUCCUUUCCGGGCAACAAGCAGGUGAUCACGCUCCUGCUGGUCGGCUACGUCUACGUCGUUAAGGUGGCCGGCCCGCGGUUCAUGAAGAACCGCAAACCGUACGACGGCAUCAAGCCGCUCAUCGCGUUCCACAAUCUCUUCAUGGUGGUGUGCAGUGCUUACUUCGUCGCCGCUUUCGUGUCGACCGCGUAUAUCCGCAACGGUUACAGCCUGCUGUGCCAGGGUAUCGACUUCGACGCCAGGGACGACGGCACCAUGCAUCUGCUGAACCUCUAUUGGUGGUACACGAUGCUCAGGAUACUCGACUUUCUCGACACCCUGUUCUUCGUGCUCCGCAAGAAGGAGUCGCACAUCUCCUUCCUGCACGUCGUGCACCACACCAUUGUGGUCUUCAACGGCUGGUUCGGACUCACCUACGGUCCGGAUGGCCAAGCGGCGAUUGUUGUGGUCAUCAACGGCUCGGUGCACGUAGUGAUGUACACGUACUACUUCCUCAGUCUCCUGGGGCCGGAAGUACAGAAACACUUGUGGUGGAAGCGCUACAUUACGCAGCUGCAGCUUGCGCAGUUCGUCGUUCUCUUCACGCACGCCUUGCUGCCGCUCUUCCUCAACUGCGGAUACCCCAGGUCUCACACAUUCAUCACGCUGUCACAAGCUGCCUUCUUCUUCGGCCUGUUUACGCACUUUUACUUUAAAAGCUACCAGACGAAGAAGAUACAUCUAGCGGCGAAACAUAGAGCUAACGGCAAGAUACAGUGAGGCAUGAGGGUUUUUUUUUUAAUGUAUGAUUGCAUUUUAUUGAACUUUUGGCGGAACGUUCGAUGGUUUUUUGCUGGCAAAAAACUGACGUGUUGCUUCGUUUGCCGUGCAUUUGCAGCUGAUACGAUGGCACAGACUACCAGCGAAAAUGUCUCGUGAAAUAUAAUGACUAAUUACGAGUAUUGGGUAGUAGUAGACCUUUUGCGUAGUUUUAUAUGAUGGUCAGGUAUGUCUUUCACUGUCAUAUACCAAAACAGAAGAUUAGGGUUAUAAAUAUCAACACUAUAAAUAUAUAUGUUCGAAAAUAUCUGCGAUAAGCUGUCUUAGCUAGUAAGAUUGUUUAAUUUUAAGAUCAGGUGUAAAAUACAAUCAGGAAAUGAACGUGUAUAUACUUCGGUUAUUCACUCAAAGUGUACGCCUAAAUGCCUAGUCUAGAACAAAGAGAUCGGCAAUAUAGAAAGGAAAGGCGCCUGCGUGGUCAAACAAACUGCCGUAUAUCAAAAUGACGGAUUUUGAAACAUUGUGAGGGCAAUGACUGCGCCAAGUGCUUACCUGUUAUGUUAAAAUUUGCCUUGUUACAAACAUGCAUAAUAAAAUUGGUUUCUAUCUUUG